AAGCAAAUAUGGGUGUGUCUGUGUGGUUGAAACACAAUAUGAGUAGCAAGGCGAGUCCGUGCCGUGACUGAACGCAACAGCUACACCUUCGCACCGUGAACAGCCAGAACAAUAUGUCACAAACUAUUAAGAGGAUUUCAAUUUCCUACGAUGCCUUGAAUCCCAGCAACACGUUCACCAGCGGAGAUUUACUACACGGACGAGUUACCGUUGAAGUAGCAAAGGGCACGAAAAUAGACAGUCUUCUCAUUAAAUUUAAAGGUAAAGCGUUCGUACGUUGGACCGAGCGUCACGGGAAAACAACAGUCACCUACUGGGACAAGGAGAAGUACUUUACCUCGGAGCAAUACUUCAUAAGGGAACACAAAGGCAACGACGACGUUGCCCCAGGUCUGUUGAAAAAUGAAGCUGGACAGCCCUAUUGUGACGUUGUUGCCCCUGGGACUCAUGUGUACCCUUUCACAUUUCAGAUCCCCCAGCAGACUCUCCCAGCAUCCUUUAACGGUACAUGGGGAUAUGUUGGCUACUUCUUGGAGACCAAACUGAGCAGGUCAAUGCGAAUCUCAAGCAAAGACAAAGUGGAGAUACGCUAUAUUCCAAAGCCAGACAUGACAGAUCCAGCUCUUAUGACACCCCAGUAUGGUACAAAAGACAAGAAGAUGAAACUGUUUACCUCUGGAAGUGUGUCAUUCACUAUCCACACAGAGAGAAUGGGCUACUCUUUGGGAGAAGGAAUUAAGGUUGUGGCCGAUGUUCAGAACAGCUCCUCUCGGGCCCUCAGACCCAAGUACUGCCUUUACUCUAAGCAUAGUUUCUUUGCACGGGGCAGAAGGAGGUUAAACACUCACGAGAUAUUGAAAGAGGAAGGAGAGCCCAUUGCACCAUCCACACAUCAGACCAUAACCAAAAUCCUCACCAUCCCACCAAGUCUCACCAUGUCCAUACUCAUCUGUAGGAUCCUGAAGGUUGAAUACAAACUCAAGGUCUACCUUGAUGUUCCAUAUGCUUCUGACCCCGAGAUCAAGUUUCCUGUUGUCAUUCUUCCGCUUGCACCAUCCAAGGGAGAGCUUGGUCCACCAGCUCCAUCUUUUGGGUUUGGGGAUUAUUGGAACCCUGGCCAAGCAGGGUGGAACAGCGCGCCGUACUCGGCUCCUCCUGCUGCGCCGUUCAUGCCUCCGCCGUAUACGGCUCCUCCUGCUGCCCCGUUCUCGGCUCCACCGUAUACGGCUCCUCCUGCUGCGCCGUAUACGGCUCCCUCUGCUGCUCCUCCUCCAGCCUAUGAGUCCUAUGCACUGUAUCCUCCAUUACCUAAUUAUUCUGAAAAACCUUGAGUGACCAACUAGUGAUGAAUAAUAUUUAUCAGUAGAUGAUCAAAGAGGAAAGAAGAAAAAGAAGAAGUAAGGGAUAAUGGACGACACGGUGGUCUGUUCACAGAAGUUAAUGCACGGUCGAGGUUGUAAAACGGCCCCGACGCGAAGCGGAGUAUAUUUUUCCUACCUGGGUUCUUAUGAGGAUCUUAUCAGGGGCACAGAGAAAAGUAGUGCCAAUGUCAUUUGAAUUUGUCAGUAAAAAUAAGCAAUAGCAAAAUAAGAUGGCUUAGAUUUUUUCAGCAUUGAGAUUGAUGUUUUUACAUUCAAAGUAAACUGUUUCACAAACCAUACCAACUUCAUUUAAAUGUAUUCAAUAUUCUGUACAUGGUUAGUAUGCUGACUUUCAGCCACAAUAAUUCCCCACAAAACAAUGCUUUUACCCUUCGAGUGAGAAGUGUUUAUUUUGUAAUUACUUUGUAAAGGGUGCCACCUACUGGCUAACUUGAACUCCUGAAAUCCGGCUCCAUAAAUUACCAAAGUUCCACAUAACUGUGCUGUUUGGUGAGAUGUUGCAGGUCACAGCAUGCUCAGUGGGCCCCAGAGUAAAACCGAUAUCCACUCUGUAUGGAGACCCAACAAGUCAAACUUCAGUUACAAGUGGUCUGAGAAACAAAAAGCCUGAAAGGAGAAGCAUGACUCGACAUUUUUGAUAUUAGCUGCAAACAUACACUCGGGCCAAAGCAGACAAAAGCCUAUGAACCUUACAUAAUUUUAUAACACAGCAAUGUGUAUUGAUAUUCAUGAUGUAACAUUUUUGGUAGCACAUCCUUUAUAAACAAUUAUAAGUACAAAUUAA